AUGGAUCAGAAAAUCAAAGUGGAUGGGAUCGAUUCCAACGGUAUCCCGUGGUGCCUGGAUCGCGGCAGCGGGGAUCAAUACUCCGAUUGGAGUACUUGCUACCCGAAUCUGGCGGUAGAUCCGAACGACAUCAUGAGGCAUCCGAGUUCUUCACCAAAUUUCGCCGACUAUUAUAUCAAUCCUGUGCGGCCCAUACUUCCGCCUCCUUGGGACCCCUACGGUUACGGUGCGUCUCGCAAUCGCUUGGUCUCUGCAACUCAGCCUGCACCAUGGGGGCAGCCGACCCAGACAAAUAACUCGGCGGCCACUGAUACCAAUAGGCAGCAAGGUCAGAAUCCCGCAGAUCGGCACAAGACAUGUGAAUGUUCCCUGGAUGAUCAUGAAAAAAUAUUUUGCGCAAAAAAGGACGUCAAAUGCAAUACUAUCCCCCUGCCCGCCCGCGCGUCGGAAUACGAUGGUGAAAUAUUUUAUGAUACUUGUCACCCGCCUACAUCGUGCAGUGAGCAGAGAGAAGAGUGGAACGCCCAGCCUGGACUGGGAGCCCGGACAUGUGAAUGUAUCGACAAGGCCAAUGGACAAAAACGGGCCUGGUGCAAAAAAUCUCGCUUCCAGUGCACUUGGAUUCCCACGAGCGCGAGAGGUAAUGUGAUAUAUUGCCAAAUGACAUGCAGUUCCAGUAAACACGAGUACCAGUUACAACACCCGGAAACGAUUGACUGAGCAUAGGCUGGGACGGGAUCCACUCCUCGGAUGAAGAUGCCAAACUUUGCUGGUUCUGGACGAAGGAUAGCGGUUUUUUUCCUUUUCUUCGUUUGAUCGGAAUGUGGUGGUAGAAGCGGAACACAUUUUGUCAUUGUUUAAGGGGGUUGGUGGAGUAAAACAGAGAGUAAUAGAAAAGUAUGAAUAUUGGUGAAACAAAUAUCAAAAGGCAUAUUACCAAA